CAGUAAAUAAGAAAGAUAUCAAAUAGUUUAUUAAAAGAUAAUUAAAAGCUCAUUGUUUAAAGUGGUUUUAUCUCACUCAUUUAAUAUUCUAAUGUUAUCGGAGAAUAAUGAUGGAGAUAAAGAUAAAAUUAAUUGAAAGUACUUGACAAACACGUUUUUACAUACUAGGAAUUGAAUCCAAUUUUUAAAGAAGACUAUGUCCUGUAUAACUCAACAAAAGGAUUAUGAAGUCCUUAAAAAUAUACGAGAAAAACUGGAGAUCGACUUACAAAAAGAGAUUGAAAAGUUGCAUCUUCGAAGAAUGCUAGCCAGCUACAGAACAAUGAGCACGGCUAAAGUUGCGACGGUAAAAUCAGACAGUAAAAAUAAAGAUCAUGGAAAAAGUCAACCAAUACUUCCUGAAGUAUCACAACUUGUUAUAGAUCCUAAAUCCGGUAAAAAAUAUAUCAGAGGAAAAUUAAUGGGAAAGGGUGGAUUCGCUCGCUGCUAUGAAGUCACAGAUGUGCAAACCGAUAAGAAGUUUGCUUGCAAGGCUAUUUCUAAAGCAAGAAUAUCUAAACCACAUCAACAACAAAAAAUAGCAAAUGAAGUAGAAUUGCACAAAAGUUUUAAUGGUCGUUUUAUUGUACGUUUUUAUGGUUAUUUUGAAGAUGAUGACAACGUAUAUAUACUUCUGGAACUUUGUAAUCGUAAGUCAAUGGUUCAACUCCUUAAACAGCGACGAACUUUAACAGAACCAGAAGUUCGUUAUUUUAUGCAUCAGGCUGUUCAAGGUGUUCAAUAUCUACAUCAGGAAAGUGUUAUACAUAGAGAUAUAAAACUAGGAAAUUUAUUUAUAAACAAUGACAUGGAAAUAAGAAUUGGUGACUUUGGGCUUGCAGUUCAAGCAGAUAAAGAUGGAAAAAAAGAAAUGUCAGUAUGUGGUACGCCUAAUUAUAUUGCUCCAGAAGUUUUAAGUAAAGCAGGUCAUUCAUUUGAAGUUGAUACUUGGGCUUUAGGUUGUGUUAUGUACACGCUUCUUGUUGGUCGUCCACCAUUUGAAACGAGUUGUUUAAAAGAUACAUAUAUGCGGAUUAGAAAUAAUGAAUAUGCAAUUCCAUCAAGAGUUACACGCCCAGCAGCAAAACUGAUACAAAAACUUUUAAGUGAAAGGCCUGAAGAUAGGCCAAGUUUAGAACGUGUGUUAAAUGAUGAAUUUUUUACAAGGGGUUUUUUCCCAAAAUCAUUACCAUCUAUUUGCUGUGUUGCACCUCCUAAAUUUACAUCAAUAAAAAAUCGUAAUAAGAAAUGUGAUUAUGUGAACCAUAAUAUUUAUAAAUCUAAUAAAAAUGAGGAUAAUGUUAGUUCUGUAAAAGAUGCACUUUCAAAAAUUAAUAUUCAUGAACGACCUGAUGAGGAGCAGCAUGAAAGUGGAAUUGAUAGUCAAGAUUCGAAUGGUAAUGAAGAAGAAGGUAUCUUUCGAGUUGAUGCUAAUGAUAUCACCUAUAGUUACAAUAAUCCUCAAAGUAUGUGUGAUCGACUAAGUAAAUGCUUGAAUACUGUGCCUGACUGCCACACAACUGCUUGUUCAGAUCCAAUUUCUACUGGUACCUCUGAUUCUGAAGAGGACAGCAUAAGUGAAGGAGUUGUAGAAAAUAAUCGCUUGUGGAUUACUAAAUGGGUAGAUUAUAGUAAUAAAUAUGGAUUUGGAGCUCAACUCUCUAAUGGAUGUAUUGUAAUUCGAUAUAAUGAUGGAACAACACUAGCAGUUGAUGCCCAUAAAAGGCGUUUACAGUACUUUGAUGAAGAGAAGAACAUAUUCCGCUUCAGUGUAAACAAUAUUCCAGAAGAUCUAAGUCGAAAAGUCACUUUAUUAAACUAUUUUGCAAACUAUAUGGAUAAACAUUUGCUAAAAGGCGGCGAUUUAGACGAUCCUUCAAAAACGCACGAUGUAUUUUCAGAAAUGUCAGUUAUAGAUAUUUGGUUUCGAACAGAUAAAGCAAUGGUUAUGUAUUUAAGUGAUGGCACACUUCAAGUAAACUUUCUAGCGGAUCAUACUAAAAUUAUUUUAAACCCUGAACUAAACAAUGACAUUGUAACAUAUAUUAAUCAAAGCCGUGAAAGCUACGUGACUACGUUAAACAAUGUUUCAAAAAGAGGUUGUAGUGAAGAAAUUAACGAACGUCUACAAUACUGUUUAAUGGUAUUGCAUAAAUUAGGUGAAAUGUAUAUAGAUGAUGCUAUCAAUUAAUAAUUCAAAUUUUUAAUGAAGUUCAAGUGAGCGGCACAAAUUGAAUACAUCCUGUGACGAUAAAGCUAAAUCUAGUAUCAAAAUCUUCAUAAAAUUUAUAUCUUUUUUUACCGCAUUUUUAUUACAAGCUUCUUUCCCAAAGAUAUUCAGUAAAAAUUCGUUUUAUAUAUGUAACAGAAAUUUGGGAAAUCUUUUUACAUAAACAUCAAAUACUCGCCAUAUUUAUAUACAAAUAUUUAUUUUGAAUCUUUUAGUUUUUUCUAUUUGUAAAUAGAAUAUAUA